CAUGAUCACAGAGGAAGACCACAGAGUCAAGGAACUAGUCAUAUGAUUGCAGAGAGAUCACUUUAUUCAAGGCUGGAAGUGGAGAUUUGAGCUCUUUCUGCUGACCAUUACUGAGGUGCCCAACAAAAUGGCUUUCCUGCUGAUGUUUGUCACUUUGCUUCACCUCAUAACACUGACUGCUCUCUUCAUUGCCACCAUGGAAAAGUCUUGGUGGGUUUGGGAUGGGACAGAGAGCUCUGAUCUCUGGUAUAACUGUAAGUUUGCCAACGUGACUCAGUCCUGGUUGUGCGCUUCCUCAAAGGAAACAGAAUGGCUACAAGCUGUCCAAGUUUUGAUGGUCCUCUCCAUAGUCUUCUCUUCCGUGUCCUUCUUGAUCUUCCUUGGGCAGCUCUUCACAAUGUCUAAGGGAGGACUCUUCUACUUCACUGGUGUAUGUCAAGCCUUUGCAGGUCUCACUGCUUUAGCAGCAACACUAAGCUACACAUUGCACAACAAAGAAAUCCUUCAGGAUACCCGCGAGUUGAGCUCAGGACGCUUUGGUUAUUGCUUUAUUUUGGCAUGGGUGUGUGUGCCUCUGCUACUGUGCAGUGGUAUGAUGUACAUUCACUUGCGGAAAAAAGAAUAA